GCGGCCACCCCCACCACCACUCCGCCAUUCCCGGACGCCUCCCCACCUCACGCUCCUCCUCCUUCUAAUAACCCCAGCGAUGGGUGGGAGCCGAGCCCUUCCCCUCUCCUCCCUCCUCGCCGCCGCCACCAAAUCCCCCCUCCUCCACCACCGCCCCCUCCCGCUCCGCCUCGCCGCCUCCAUGUCGUCGUCGUCCCCUUCCCCCUCUCCCGCUGCUCCGGCCUCCGCCUCCGCCAUCGACUUCCUCACGCUCUGCUACCGCCUCAAGACGACGAAGAGGGCCGGGUGGGUGAGGCGCGGGGUGCAGGGGCCGGAGUCCGUCGCCGACCACAUGUACCGGAUGGGCGUCAUGGCGCUCGUCGCCGCCGACCUGCCCAGCGGCGUGAACCGCGACAGGUGUGUCAAGAUGGCGAUCGUGCACGACAUAGCCGAAGCUAUUGUUGGUGAUAUCACCCCUUCAGAUGGCGUGCCGAAGGAAGAAAAGAGCCGCAGAGAGCAAGAAGCAUUGGACCAUAUGUGCAGUUUGCUCGGUGGUGGUCCGAGAGCUGAAGAAAUCCGUGAACUUUGGAUGGAAUAUGAGCAGAAUGCCACUUUGGAAGCAAAGGUUGUGAAAGAUUUUGACAAGGUUGAGAUGAUUCUUCAAGCAUUGGAGUAUGAAAAGGAGCAAGGGCUGGACCUAGAAGAGUUUUUCCAGUCAACAGCAGGGAAAUUUCAGACAGACGUUGGAAAAGCAUGGGCAGCAGAGGUAGCAUCAAGAAGAAAGUGAAAUUAACCAAUCACAUGACAUUUGACAGGCCCCCUUUGGUGUUUCUUUUCCAAAGAUAACCUCAAGGUUUCUGUUAAACUUCACCCUUAAAGACUUUGUUAGCUCUGGGCCAUUUGGACCCGAUGCUUAGAGCUUGAGAAUUGAGAUCAGCUGGUUUCAGAGGCUAGUUGUUUUUUUUUGCUUAAGCUGGGUUCUUGUAGCUCACCUGCCUGCCUCCGGGAUGCUGAUUCACUAGGAAAGCCUUAUUGGCCGUCCUCGUUGUUGUGAUGUAAAAUCAACUAAUUCAGUUUUUAUGCCAAUCGAGUUUCCUCGUCUCAAUUGUUGCUAUUUGAAUCGUUGUUUUAGAUAAGGACGAACUGUGGUCGCUAACUAAAUAUAUCCCCUUAUACUGUUAAA